AUGUUACGAAAAUGCCCACAUCAUGGUAUCCAAGACCCUGAUAUUUUAUAUAUUUUCUAUCACGGUAAACCCUCUGCUAGAAAUGUAAUUGAUGCAGCAUCAGGAGGAUCAAUAAUUGGAAAAACUACUGUAGAAGCAAUGCAAUUGCUUAAUGAGAUUUUGAAAAAUGCUGUUCAAUGGCCCUCAGAUAGAAUUAUUAUCAAGAAAACAGUAGGAGUAAAUCAAGGUGAAGCUUUGAAUUCAUUGACACAACAAAUUGCGACCUUAACACAAAAAGUUGAGGCUUUUCAGGUAGGUGCUCACUCAUCAUCCCAACUUGAGAAUUGUGAUGUUUGUCAAGGAUUUCAAUGGUGUAAUCCUAAUGGUGCUGAAAAUCCUCAAAGAUUUUUUAAUCAAAAGCAGCAGGUACAAGGACCACCUGGUUUUCAAAAUCAAAAUAGAGGGCAACAAAAUUUUCAACAAUAUCAGCAGCAGCCUCAAAGAGCUCAUCAACAAAGUCUUGAAGACCUGAUGUACAAAUUCAUUAAGGCUACUGACAAGAAGGUUGAAAGUCAACAUUCACCUAUCAAAAAUUUGGAAAUUCAGGUAAGUCAAUUAGCAACCCUCAUGUCUGGACAAAUUCAAGGUGCUCUACCAAGCAACACUGAGAAAAAUCCAAAAGAACACCUCAAAGUCAUCUCUCUACGAUCAUGUAAAUCUCUUGAUGAUCCAUAUGCAUAUAGAGAAGGAAAGCCACAAGAAGUGGAAAAGGUAAAUGAAGGUGAGAAUAAAAUAGAAUCUAAGUUUCCAAAAAAACAAAAGAAUAAAGGAAAAAAUGUACAAGAAAAUAAAUUGAUAACAAAUCCUCACUUUGUACCUCUCCCUUUUCCCCAAAAGAUGAAAAGAGAAAAGCUUGACAAACAGUUUUCAAAGUUUUUAGAUAUUUUGAAGCAACUUUACAUUAACAUACCUUUCACAGAUGCUUUGACACAAAUGCCUUCAUAUGCUAAAUUUCUCAAAGAAAUUUUGUCAAGUAAAAGAAAAUUGGAAGAAGUUUCAGUGGUUAAACUUACAGAAAAAGGUAGUGCUAUACUUCAAAAUAAACUUUCACAGAAACUUGGUGAUCCGGAAAGUUUUACAAUUCCUUGUACCGUAGGAGGUACUCACUUUGAAAAGGCAUUAUGUGAUUCGGGUGCUUUAAUAAAUCUAAUGCCUUUUUCAAUUUUCAGGAAAUUAGAACUUGGUGAAAUGAAAGAUACUGGUGUGUCUCUUCAAUUAGAUGAUCAAAGUACUAAGAGACCAAAAGGAAUUAUUGAAAAUAUCCUUGUUAGAGUUGGUAAAUUUGUAUUUCCAGUAGAUUUUAUAGUGCUUGAAAUGGAAGAAAAUACUGAGGUACCAUUAAUUUUAGGUAGACCAUUUCUCGCAACAGGGAGAGCAAUUAUUGAUGUUCAUCAAGGACAAUUAAUAUUGCGAGUUGAUGAGGAAAGAGUGAUUUUUGACAAGCAAAAAAUAAUAAAAUUUCCUGGGGAUGAGUCAUCAUCAUCUUGUUUUCAAAUUGACUUACUAGAUGACCUUGUAGACGAAUACAAAGAUAAUCAGUUAAUUACCGAUUCAUUGGAGAGAUGUUUGGCUAGGUCAGGUACCAUAAGUGAUGAUAGCCCCGUAAUUAGAGAAGAAGUUGAAAUUCUAGAAAAAGAGUCAGAAAAUGAGAAAGUCUCACAAGAAGGAGUUCAAUUAAAAAUUGAACUCAAAGAACUUCCUUCUCAUUUAAAAUAUGUGUUUCUUAAACCUGAAUUAUUUCCAGUAAUCAUUUCAUCUUCUUUGACUAUAGAACAGGAAAGCAAACUCAUUGGAGUCCUGAGAAAAUACAAAACUGCCUUAAGGUGGACUAUAGCUGAUAAAGGAAUCAGUCCAGCUAUUUGUAUGCAUAGGAUUCUUAUGGAGAAUGAUUAUAUGCCAAUAGUCCAACCCCAAAGGAGACUAAACCCAGCAAUGUAA